AUGAUUCUGUGCAUCAGGAGAAAGGUCACGGUGUGCAAGGCUAUUGCAGACGAAGGAUACGAUCAAGACCUAGGGAUUCGAAGCUUGAUCGCAGUACUGGGUAGUCCGGGAACAAUGCUGAGGGUCCCAUGUACUAGGCAUAUUUUGGACGUGGACGAAAAGAUAGAAGGCGAACGGAUAACCGCUUGUCCGUUGGACGUGCGAGGCGGUGAAGUUGUUGCCAAACCGGUUGCUGUCAAAGCUGAUUGA